CUCGCCGUCUCUUUCGCUGUUCGCCUAUGCUCCAGGCAAACCCAAACUCCUCCGUGCUGACAGUCUCGCCCCCAGACUCUGGCUUCAGCCCCAGGCGCGAGUUCGUUCGCGACAGCCAUGUCCCCUCAACCUUUGCCCUUCUCGCAAUAGCCGGCUCGGGUUUCGUUCGUCUCUCCUCAUUUUCUGAUCAGGUCGUCUCUGCUCUCCGUGAUGCAUUCGACCUCAGCGGCCUCCUUCGCGCUGCUCGUCGCGACGACGACCUCAAGCUCAUCGAGUUCAACCUCGAGGGCAAACCUUGGACUCAGACCAAAAAUGCAGACUCUGAGAAGCUCUUCAUCCAAAUCCUCGCAAUCAUAUUCCAUCACGGAUACAGGUUCUUGUCCACUAUAGACUAUGGCAGAGAGUCUUCCGAACGCGUUUCGAUCGCGUUUUCUAGGCCAACUGUCUUAUCGGCUUACGAGGCAACUCGUGUUCCGUUUGCUCUGUCUUUCCCGUCGUCAACAGUCCUGCGAGUUAUAAACCCGCCUCUGAAUUCAAGCCCUGCUAUUUUGCAGGCUGCACGUUCUGCUUGGCCACGCGGUGUCGAGUCCGAGAAAACGGUCUCGGAUAAGAUCUUCGAGUUCCGUCUGAAGGGGUAUGGAUUGUUUCAAGAAGACACUUUUUCGACUGAUUCAAUGAAACAUGUACUUGCGUUGCUCAACGCACUAGACCAGCACGGGUUCACGCUGCUUACCUCGUUAUCGUUAAGCGGCAGUCACUCGCGAGUGAAGGACUUGUGGAUAUUCUCGGGCUCUCCUCUUGAGCCAUCCUCCGAACUUGGUGCAUCAGGCUCGAGUCCUGAACUUUCGCGUGGUUUCACGCCGACAGGCUCAAAGAGCGCGCUUUCUCCGGUCUGGACGUCGUCUUCUUCUCAGGGCAACAACCACUCAGCGGAUACGCUACAUGGCAAAGGUGGCUCUUUACCUGGUUCUACCCACGGAUCAUCGCAUACUCUAGGACAUGCUCGUUCAGCCACAGAGCCAGCUGCUUCUCCGCUGGGGCGAACACCCUCCGUUUUGCACAAGAAGAACUCUCCAAAACCCUUACGGACACUGCCGUAUCCUAACUCGCGGUUUAGUCGCUCCUCUGAGGAGUUCCCGAUUCGAAGGUACAACUUGAGCAAGAUCGGAAGUAUUGACAUGACGGGUAUCGGUAGUGCAAACCAGCGUAGUUUUGUCGCUGGUAAUGCGAACGGUGCUGCUCGAUCGUUGUCACCACAGGACUUUCCCAGGUCUUCGAUAGAAAGUGAUCCUUCACAAGGCUAUCGCGACCCGCACCAAGCGGAACGCGGGCGGGUGAAGACUGGGGAUUUAUUCUACGAAACGGGCCCUAACUCCACAACUCAGCAACCCCAAAUGACGUUUUCGGAAGCCAUAGGCAAAGACGUGCAGGCAAUUGGUCAUUCUUCUCCCGGUGGUUCCAGCUCAGAGUCCCGGCACUCUUCGAACCAUCUGAGCCCACGCGACUUAACCGAGCCUCCAGAGGAUGUACCUCAAAGCGUCUCGCAGCGCGUCGUAUCAGAUGCAAGUUCAGUGACACCUCCCAUCCUCAAUUCUGGAGUAUUUCGAGACUCCGCGUUCUCCAGUUCGACGAACCGGUCUUACGAGAUACCGAUAAAAUGGACUGGAGCUCCAGAUGGUGAGAAAGAUAAGGAUUCACGUCCGUUCUCUUACAGUCGUUUGCCUAUCGAACGCAACUCUUCCUCGCCUGAGACAGAUGAAGGUUAUGGAGGUAGUGUGGAGAACGGUGCGCCACCAACUCAGCGGCCGUCCUCAACGCCAACCUUCCCUGGAGCGUGGCAGCCAACUCCAAUUGUUGAAAUUCCAGAGGAUCAAGGAGGGCUUGCGUCAUCCGACGCUGCCGAGAAUGAGCGCUCCCCAGAGAGAAAGGAAGUUGACGCUGAACGUGUUGCGUCUCCCAUAGCAUCUGACUUCCCUGAAGCAAACCGAAAGAGUGAAGCAGGGCUCAUCAGCGAGAUGCCUCAGCCGACGCACCCUACAACAGAGGAGAAGCGGCGAUCCUCAAACAUUCCUUCUUCGCCGACGAAAUCAGAUGGAUGGGUGUUGGUUAGUGUCGCGGACGGUGUUACGGAUAAACGGACAUCUGGUUUAUCCGGCGAACGGCCCACAUCACCCAGUUCGAGCUCGGAUAAUAGUCGUUCCAAGUCGCCUAAGCCAGUGGCGUCCUCCUUAUCGCCAAUAGCAAAAGCAAUCGUUUUGGAAGACGCGAAACACCCCGCGAAUAAGGAUAACGACACCCGGUCCACGUCAACGCUGAAGCGGAUAUUUUCUGUAACGAAGUCCAAGACGCGUCAACCUCCAGUUGCUCAAGCCGCUGUACACGAUAAAGACGGAAGAGCGCGUAAGAUGAGCAUCAGGGAGAGGUGGCUGAAGAAGACUUCAACAUCUACUUAACUGUGCCGUAUUGACUCUCAUUUAUCUCAACAUCCUGACUUUUCGCUAUUGUUGUACUGAAGAAUCCUUUCGUGUUUCACUAACAGACGCUUUGCUCGUUGUAUUCCCAACAACCGUACACCACUUCGCUACUGUCUGAUUAAUGAUUCGUUCCUUGAUUGAAGGACUUUUUUCUAGGUUAGCUUUUAUGUUUGCAUAUUCUAUAGUGUU